GUAAGGCCAAGCAGAAACUCUCUCUCGUAAACGAAAUAUUUCCUUCAAACAGAUACGCACUGUUGGGGGCCAGUGGAUGUGGCAAGACUACCCUGUUGUCCUGUAUCGUCGGAGUACGUUAUCUCGAUAGGGGAGAGGUGUGGGUCCUGGGGGGAUCUCCGGGCAGCAUGGGCUGCGGAAUUCCAGGGCCUCGGGUGGGUUAUAUGCCGCAGGAUACCUCUUUAAUCGAACAAUUUUCUACGAGCGAUGCUCUUUAUUACUUCGGCAGGAUCAAUGGGCUUGACGAUAAAGAGAUCGAAACGAGACAUAGGUUUUUCUCGGAUUUGUUCCAACUGCCUCCACCAAAUCAGUUGGUGAAGAACAUGAGUGGAGGUCAACGAAGAAGAGUUUCCUUUGUCGCCGCAUUGAUGCAUAAGCCCGAAUUUCUAAUUCUAGACGAACCCACCGUAGGUUUGGACCCAAUUUUAAGAGAAAACAUUUGGGAUUAUCUGAUCCAACUCACGCAGGAGGAAGGUACCACGAUAUUGAUCACGACGCAUUAUAUCGAAGAAGCUAAAAAGGCUAAUAAAGUCAGUUUGAUGAGACAUGGUAAAUUGUUAGUUGAAUCGGCGCCGCAGAAAUUACUGAGGCAAUUUCAAUGUUCGUCAUUCGAAGAAAUUUUCCUGAAAUUGUGCGAGGCACAGACCAAUGCAGUCACUUUAAAUGAAGCUCAGGAAUCCAAUAUGGAAGACACUGGUAGCGAUGCCUUCAAUCACGAUCAAGACAAUUAUGAACAACUAAAAGAAAACAAAACGAUUUCGGAAAGACAAGUUUCACGAUUGAGAAGAUUCAAAGCUCUAUUUGUGAAGAACAGCAUCCAACUUACCCGUGAUUACUCAAUUCUCACUCUUGCGUUACUCAUGCCGAUACUCCAACUCAGUAUAUUGGUUUUCGCAAUAGGGAGUGAUCCAAAGAACUUGACUAUUGGAAUUGUUAACGAUGAAGCUGGCAAUUGCGACGGCAGCAACUUUGGGAAUAUUUGGAAUGAUAAAACUACUUGCCACUUCGGCAAUCUCAGUUGUAGAUUCCUAAACCAUUUCGACAAUUCUAUUGCGACACAGAAGUAUUAUGACAAUAUUUCAGAGGCAAGGUAUGAUGUCCAAAGGGGAAAUAUUUAUGGUAUAAUAUAUUUUCAUCAAAAUUUUUCCGAAGCUCUAGAGAUACGAGUGGAAAAUGUCACUUUCACGAAGGAUUUUCAUCUUCUUGCCAGUCAGAUUCAAGUUUUCUUCGACAUGAGCGAAGGACCAAUUGGGUAUUUUCUACAGAAGAAUCUAUUUCAGUGGUUUUUAGAAGUUUUCAAGGCUAUUAUGAGGGACUGUAAAUAUUUGCCACAAUUGGCCAGUCCGCCGAUUCGAUUUGAAGAUCCUAUAUAUGGUACUACUGAUUUAAAAUAUAUAGACUUCGUGAUACCAACAUACCUGCUAUCAUAUGUCUUCUUUCUGGCCACUUCAGUCUCUGCCAUCUUGAUAAUCACAGAUCGACUGGAGGGUGUCUGGAAUCGAAGCUUAGUCCAAGGUAGUAAUUUUGCUUCCUCAUAG